ACUUGCACGAGCCACAUUUAAAACAAAAAUUUACUUCUCAGGUAAUGUCGGCUGUGGCAGCCCAAAGCGAUGGAGUAGCAAAACUUCAACAAGCUCGUACAGCAGCACUAGCAAAAAUAGAAGAAGCUCGAAAUCGGAGGGCGAAGAGACUUAAAGAAGCUAAAGGAGAAGCAAAUCUGGAAGUCGAUGCUUUCAAAGCACAAGAGGAAGCUCAUUAUCAUGCACUUGAGCUUCAGGUCAACUCACAGUAUGGGCCAUAUGAAGAAGUAUGUCGCCAGAUGACAGCCCAACAGUUGGAUUCAAUGCAACGUUCGUUUCAAUCAAACAAAGAUGCUGCUUUGCAGUUAUUGUUGUCUAAAGUUCUAGAUGUAAAGCCUGUCGUUCAUGUCAACUAUGGCUUCAAAGGUCCAGCGUCGCAGUAGGUUUAUUACUCCUUAAAAAGAAAAUCAAAUCUAAACCACUUACAAGCAUAAUAUACUUUGAAUUGUGAUCACAAAUCUAAUUAUUUAAACUAAUUUAAUAGAUAAUAAUU